AUGCAAAUGGCCGAGGACAUCCUAUUGGAGAAGGGGCUCUUGCUUCACCCCAGGCAUGGUUCCCAAUCCCGCCUCUCUCCUCUCGGUGUCCAUGAACCUCCUUUAAAACUCCCAUACUCUCAACACUGGCAGACCCUGAUUGCCUCAAGGGCCCAAACUGUGGGGCAUCCUGGAGGGAACUUGCUCCCCACCUUGCCCAGCCCAGAAACCUGCCAAGAUUUCUCAGCUCCCUGCAGCCACCACUCAACAGCUCUCGCACUGCUCUGGGUGUGCGUGGACUGGACAAUGAGGCUGGCUGUGGCAGCCCUGUUUCUGGGUCUCACGAUGGUGGUCACCAGAGACGAGAAGGAAGGCGACCUGUGUCUGUACGAGGCCCUGUCUGACACCGAUGCUGUCCUCUGCAAGGGCCUUGAAGUUUUCUACCCUGAGCUGGGGAACAUUGGCUGCAUGUUUGUUCCUGACUGCAACAACUACAGACAAAAGAUCACUCACUGGGCUGAGCCCACAGUCAAGUUCCCUGGGGCCUUGGAGGGCGCGACCUACAUCCUGGUGAUGGUGGACCCAGAUGCCCCGAGCAGGUCUUCACCCAAAGCUCAGUUCUGGAGACACUGGCUGGUAACAGAUAUAAAGGGCGUUGAUAUAAAGAAAGGGAAGGUCCAGGGCCAGGAGUUGUCACCCUACCAGCCUCCGUCCCCACCAGCACAAAGUGGCUUCCACCGCUACCAGUUCUUCGUCUAUCUUCAGCAAACACAGAACAUCUCUCUCCACUCCAAAGAAAACAAAACUCGAGGCUCUUGGAAAAUGGACAAAUUCCUGAACCGCUUCCACCUGAGCGAACCUGAAGCAAGCACCCAAUUCAUGACCCAAAAUUACCAGGACUCGCCCAAUUACCAGACCCCCAGAGCCGGAAGCAGUGAGCCGAAGGACAAACCCAAGUAGAGAUAACUGCCUGCCAGGCAUCAGGCUCACACUGUAGGUGUGUGUCCACGGUGCCCGCCACGACGGUCUGGGUAUGGAACCCCCACUGGGUAUGGCACCCUCUGGGUAUGGAACCCCUCCUCUUCCAAAUUAAAAAAAAAAAAAAUCGUC